AUGGUGCCGAUGGUUGUGUGGAUGCACAACUUUCCACCGCGUCGGAUGGCCAGGAUGGCCACCAGGAUGGCCAUGCUGUCCAUGGCGAUGAUGGCUAUGGCGGCCAUGGCUUCACCCAUCACGGGUUCAGCCGAUCCAAGCUUGGAGACCUGCUCUUCCCGCAUCACCGGCUCAGAGGCUGCCGCAGGGUCCAAGCUGCUGCAGCUUCACACAGGGCCCUCGGACAAGGUCUCGAAUGCGGCUUACAGCUCCGAGUCCCACGUGCUGGAGUCCAUGGAGGAACGCCUCCUCCAGAAGAUGGAGAAGAUUGAGGAGAAGCUCCAGACUUUGGAGACCGAGAAGAGAGCCAAGACCGGAGAGAUUGGAGAGGAGAUCGGGGAAAAGAUCAAGGAGGAGCUUAAGGCACGGACGGUCCCGUACGUGGCAUCGCAAACCGAUCCGUCCUUGUUCCAAGGCUGCAAGUCCACGGCCAGGUUGCCCGUCUUGGUUGAGGCAUCCAAGGCAUCAAAGGCAUCCAUCCGAUCCAGCGCCAACCUGACCACGGAUUCAGGUGAUCCCUGGAACUCCCUCUGCGCCUCCAAUGAGUUCGUAGUCAGAUCUAACAGGUUGCUGAGUCGUGCUUCGGCUUGUUGCUCCGAGUCCAACUUGGACUGUGCCGGCUGUGACCCAGUGGACAGCUGCGCUAGCUGCGUGGGGGGCUUCUUGAAGCGAGGGGGCCGUUGUGUGGCCUGCGCAGACUCGCCUGGCUGGCGGUCGUUGUCUGGGGACACCUGCGCCCAGCUCUCCGCAAGCAGCUGCAGUGACGUCGCCGUCCGCGGGCUCAGCAGCAAGGAAGCCUGUUGCAAAUGUGGUGGCGGCCACAUCACUCCCACGCCUUUCGCGUAUCGUGCGAAGAGCUAUGCCUUCGGAGAUCCGGUACAUUCUGGACCCCGGCCACGGACCGCCAGCAGCUACUCCGUGGCUGAGACCUGCGAGCUGUCCAAGUGGAACCUCACGCUGGAUGGGUCGACGGGCACGGUCUCGGUUGCCAGCAACCGCCAAGCACCUUCCAAGAGUUUCAGCAUCGAGUGCACCAUCUUCGCACACCAGGAUGUGGGAGUGAUCUCAGAGGCGACCAUGAAGAUCUCGAUGGACUACUUGGCUUACGAGUCGGCCUACCUCUUGUUCCCGAACUCUCAGGCGACCUAUCCCAUUCGAAAGGCACCAGGCAGCUGGUGGGACUUCGAGCUGACCUGUGCCCCACAAGUGCCAUGGCUACAGGUGAACGCUGCAACCGGCGACCUCACGGCUUCCACCUUCACUGCUGCAGGGGCCGUAGGCCUCGACGACAUGACGGGCACCCAGGACGGUGGGAUUUGCGUGGUGACGGCCUGGCACAAGACCGCACAUGGCCUCACGCAGCAGCAAGUGAGCUUUGCUGCGCUGCGGCCCCAUCCGGUGACGAGCAUGAGCUACAACCUCAACCAACUCCAGGUGACGCUGGGGCAGACCCUCCCGGCCCUGGAAGUCAGUUACCCAUCUUCCCCGAACACAAAGCCGACGAAGCCCUCGACCUUCAGGAUGGGCUGUGAGGUGUGGCCUCAAACUCUUGCAAACACUUUGCAGUUCACUUUCGACACGCUGCUGGGCGUUGGCCUGAUGGAGGGCUACCCAUUACUCGAGAUUUCCGAGACGGGUGCAAUCUCCAUCUCGCCCGAUCCCGGGCUGGCGUCGCUGUUCGAGGACCCAGCCCACGACUUCGAUGCCAGCACAGGAGUUCGACGGAAAAUCGGGCUUGAAUGCAAAGUUUGGGGCCUCUUCUUCGAUGACUUGCUCGGGUCGGUCAGCUCCGGCCGACUGCGCAUUGACAUCUUGGACAAUAUCUGCUGGGUGGAGAAGAACGUGACAGGCAGGGCUUUCUGGACGACCAACGAUAACGAAGGCGAUUGCCGCCAGGGAGCCCGGAAGUACGUGGGCAAUCCCCUCUACAGCUGGUCGGCCACGGGCAACCCAAAAUGCCAGAUCAUCGAUCUCGUGGGCAAUCAGACAUUUACAGCAUUUGCCAAAGUGACGAACUGCACUGCUGAGGCGACUUGCAUGGAAGUCUCGUCUGCGGAUUGGUAUCAGAAUGGCCUGUACUGCCCCGUGGCUCCGGAUCUGUCUCGGAAUGGCAUGGUCUACCGGAAGGAGGGCCUGACGCCACAAGAGACCCUGCUCCUCGCCAAGUACUCCUCCACCUUGGACUCCUCUGAAACCGGAUGCAACAAUGGCGAUUGGAUCCUUCGUCGUACGGGGAAAGAGGACUACAUCAAUGAGAAGACGGGAGCCGUCAGCUUGCAAGGCGAUAAACUGCUGUGCUUGGGCCCCUCGUCGCAGCAGAUCGCCUUGGGGGUGAAGAGCUGCCCGGCGCCCGUGCUCCAGAGCCCGGAGGAAGAGGCUCUCCCUCCCAUGGUUGUGGAUGAUCCAAGCACACCUGAAGCCGAAGACUUUUGGCUCCAUCCUUGUGAUUGUGCCCCACACGCUUGGGGCAUGGAGCCGCCCGUGGACGCCGAGGCCCACGAGAAAGUGCCCAGCGGCUCUCGCAACGAGUUCAUUCCCAAACCCUUCCUACUUGUCGAAGGCCAGUUUGCUUGCCCCAGCGACCAGCUAAUCACAGUCCACACCGAGGGCUCUGAGGAGGCCGCGGAUUUUUCGAACUGUGAGGCAAAAUGUGCAGGGACAAGGAAUCCAGAUUGCACCUUCUUCUGGCAUGGUAUUCAACAGGAGGUCUCCGCCUGCCGCCUCUAUUCAGGCUGUAGCCAUCUCCUGCGCGAGAUCGGCCUGGAGGGAUCCCUGAUGACCAUGCCGCGUCAUCUCAGUUGCCAGGUGGCAUCCCCUGAGCUUUGCUUCUCCACGACCUUCCGCCGGGAGUACUUGACUGGAUCCGGAACUCGAACGUCGUCCUUCCAGUGGAAAGAUCUUCAUGUCCACUGCGACAUCGCCCGUCUCCUCGGGGGCGGUGGUGUCGAAGCUUGUGGCAAUCCGACAUACCGAUCCAUCACUUCCCACGACUGGUCGCACAAGAUGCCCCUGCCCGAGACUUUCGACCACGGGGAGACUCUGGAAGUCCGCUGCUGGUCGGAGAGAUACUCUGGCAUGCUAGGCUCUGACAAACGAGACGUGCUCAUUCUGAACUGCGUCAACGGGGAGUGGUUCAGCAGAAUCCCGGAGCCCGAGCUGGGUAUCGGCCGCUUCAGAUGCGAGGCAUGCGUGCAGGUGGGCGCCUCGGGUUAUCAGGAGGCCGCCGACCGCAAGCAACAGGAGCUCUGGUUCUUCCAGCGGGUCAAGCUCAGACUCUUUACCGACGUGCUGGCUCCAGCAGCCAAUCAGGUUCAUUGCCUGGAGUUUGUGAAUGGGAGGGCCGUUAUGGAGGCGAGGAGCUCUUGCCCCGCCACCUUCAGGACCCAGUUCGGCGGGACCUCCGGUGGCUCCCGGCAACUCCUCCUUGGUCCCAAUCAGUGCCUGGAGCUCCAGGAGGGCAAUGCACCCGACCCCGUUGUCGUCGAUUGGACGGGCCCUCGAGGCCCUCGUGCGCCGCGAAGCCUUGUCAUGGAGCCGCGCAGCGCUGAUCUCUACAGCUAUAGGGAGCGGCCCUGCGCCACAGACCCAGCGCAGCAGAUUCCCAUGGGGAACAUGCCCAACAUGCUGGCAAGCAUGCACAGGACCAGUUUCAUUCAAUCGACACGCAGCACUUACGGUAACCCGGGCUUGCUCGAUUGCAGCGGGCAUGGGGGUGUGGGUGGCGUUGACUUCUCCGACCUCUUCGACACCGCAAGCGAAGUCUUCAACAUCGGCCGGAUCGAGGUCGCUUCCAGGCCUGCCUCUUGGACGACAGGAGAUAUUGAUCAAUGGAAGGCCUUAAAUUGGGAACCCAUUCGAUUCGACGCGACGGCUUCGGACUGGGCUCCCGAUGCGACGAAGAUCCGGCUAUGUGGAACGCAGACGGACUCGACCGUGACCCCUUUCUCGCUUCGACUCCGGGAAGGCCUGUCAACCUUCUUCAGGGAUUGGGUGGACAAGACUGGGUGGUUGGAAGAUAUGAACCAUGCGCACGUGGAAUGCCAUCGCUGGCACGACAUCUCCGGCAUCGACUGCUACAGUGGGACCAAAGAUUGCAAGGUCGAAGCCCUGCCCGACAAAUUUCUUUCGAACCUUGCCUGGGCAACCAACUCCCGUGGAGAACAGGUCCAGAUGAGUCCUCUCUGGUUGGAGCUUGGCACCCAGGACGUCGCAUGGAAGUACCGCAUGCAGGGGACGGUUCCUCUCUGGGGAGAUACAAGGAGACAAGCGAAAGGUAUGCGCAGAUGGACGACAGGAACCAGCGAAUUUAUCCUUGAGCCUGCGGCGCUGUAUCCCGAUGCCACCGAGGCGCGGAUGUGCGCAUCCUACACCGUCUACAAUUGCGGCAGUGUCGCCCAACCAUGGAUGUGGCUGUACCUCGACUUCGGUCUGGUGGAGAAUUGGCAACACGCGGCCGUGGACGGGAAAGCGACGGUUCACUGUGGGACUUGGAAGUCUUUGACUCAGUUCAGUAACUUUCAGUGCGACCAUAAUAAAAAGAGCUGCUACGUUCAGUUUUCGUCUGCCCACUGCGAAGCCUCACUGGGCCGCGUCUACUUCGAGUUCGGCACCCAGCAAUUCCACGGGCCUACACCCACGUUCCUGAGCCGGUAUGACCUCUACUCGAGCUUCACCAAAACCACCAAACAGGCACAGGACACCAAAGCAACGCUGGGAUCGGGGAAGUGGCACAAAUUCUACAAGCCUUCAGCUGCCACCGAAUUCCGGCUUUGUGCUACCUUCAGUGACAACGCCAUAAGUGGUGAUACCCGGAUUACCGCCGUGACUUCUGAUGGAGAUGCAGAUGUGUUUGAGGAGACUUUGGGGAGAACGGGGUCCACUGACAUAGCUGCCAUCAGAUGUGGUCAGUGGCGUGACAUCGCCACGCUUAGGAGCUGCUGGGAGCACCACUGUAAGUUCGAGGUUUCGCACUCAGAGACGAAUGUCGAAGUACAGGUCCAUCCAACUGCCUACAUCGAGUUUCGCAAGGCGGCAGCAACGCGGGAAGACGUGAAUUACGCCAAAGCAACUGGCUGGGAGCAAAAGCUCGCGGCAGGGCCAGUGCAGUGUCCGCCCGGCCAGGCGCUAACCAAGCUGGACAUGCGAGGUUCCUCGGGCACUUUGCUGUACCAGUGCGGCACAUUCCCAGGCUUGGGAAUGUGCAGUGAAGGGUGGACACAGCAAGAGGAAGUGGAUUUUGCCUCGUGGAAGGAGGUCGGGAAGCUGCAGAUCCUCUGUGACGACCUUUCGCUUCUCACGGGUUUUCACUACGAAUUCUCCAAAGGUGGUCAGUGGCAGCGCUUUCGCUACAGCUGCUGCAAGUCCGGUGGUCUUCUCAUGGGCAUCGAGAAGGAUGGUUUGGAGCCCAUUCCCUCUGGUGCAGUACAAGACGGCGUGUACUGCCCGAACUCGAGGGAUGCAUCGGGUCGGAUGACCUACGAGCGGUCCACAUCGACAUCACCACAACUCUUCUUCGAGGCGAGCAAAGGCGAGUGGUGCCUUGAUUCCGACUGCAUCUUUGAUGCCGUCGUGGUGCCGAUUGGCCUCGCGGGCCAGAGCUUCGAUGUGGUGGCAGUCUCGGACUUCGACGGCACCUUUGGCGAGGGCGCCGAGCCCGGCAUCCCAGGAGCAGGAGGCGUAGGAGGAUCGAGGAAGCCGCCAAGACCUCCUCCGAGGCCCAAGGCUCCCAGGGCGCCCAUGCUCCAGGGCUUCGCCAUUGAGGAGCCGACCUAUGCCAAGGAGUGCGUGGAGUAUGGCGAGCUGUGGACGUCUAUACAGGAGACCUACAAGGAUCUUGAUGGCCAGACUCGGCCCCACACGACGAAUUUACUGGCAGAGGAGAUUGGCGACUCUGCAGACUCCGACUCGAUGGAAGCGAAUCCCUGUACAGUGGCAGGUGCUGUUGGGGGCACUUACGGUGAGGUCGGCUCACAAGGCCAGAAGCAGGGCGCCGUGCCCACACCGCUGAGUUACCAGGAGCUCAGCGACUGCGUCAACCGUGAUGUCGUCCGUGAUGUAGCAAAGGCAUCAGUGGAGAGGGACGAAUCCUACACCGAGCUCUGGUCGGAGAUAGGCAUGGCGGGCCUUCAGCUGGCCUGUGCCCCUAUACCCGACACGGCCGCCACGGGGUUUGGAGUUGGCCCGAUAUUCCGACUGGGCCAGAUUUGCGAUGCCAUGUCCAAUUUGGUUGGCGCGAUGAAGAAAGGCAUCCAGAAAGGCGUGAAGUCGGUGAAGAAGAAGCUAAAGCCUCCGCCGCCGAAGAGGAGGAACGCAGUAAGGUACGAAAAGGGGGAGUUGGAGGUUCCUCCAGAAGAGCCUAACAGGGGGGGCUUCGUGGACCUGGAGCACGCGCAGAAAAUCGGUGCGGGCAUACGGGGACUGACUCUUGCAGCCAAGAAGUAUUCCGUUGAGGCCGAAGAGGCUAAGGAUUGUCAUGCCAGCCAGGCCAACUUCGCGCGCCUCUUUUGUGACAUCCACUGCGUUCGAGAUGCAGUCCUUCGCGGCGACCGCAACAUCCUCCGAAACUUGAAGGCAGCCUCGGAUGUGGUCAACGAGAACUUGAAGAAGAUGGUCGAGUGGUCUGUGGCAGCGAACCGUGCGGAGACCGGUUGGCUUGCCGAGAAGAUCGACGUAUCAGAGGAGCGUAUCAAGGUGCACAACAGCAACCUCUUGGAGGAAGCGCAUGGCAGCAUGAAGACGAUGCUCCUGGAGCUCUCCGGCUUUGCCGAGUCU